AUGCGACUGCUCAUCUCCCUAUUCCUUGUCUCGGCUACCGUACUAGCUGAGAGACCAAAAGAAAAGGACCAGGCUGGUCAGCGGCUAAUUUCGAUACCUGACAUCGGCGAGGGCUGUGACCGAAGUGCGCAGCAUGGCUUCGGAAUCGUCGAUGGAUAUGUUGAACAUUGCGAGAAAUGGACGGAGGCUCAAAAUAAUGCGACGCUAAAGGCCGAGUAUGAGGCAUACAAAUGCUCACAUCUCAGAUUGAAAGCCCGUGUGACAGAUGGAGUUUGUAGCUGUCAGAGUAAUUGGUAUGGAGCAUUCUGUCAUCUAUCGGCCCUUUGUGAUAAGGGAACAAAUAAGACAUCCAGGGCAUGGUUCAACGGAAAAUGCACGCCGAAUGCGUGCUACAAUGAUGGAACGAUUGCCGUGGGGAAGAAUAUGGUCGAAUGUAUCUGUCCGGUUCCAUGGGACGGACGUCACUGUGAACGGUUGGCUUGCUGGAGGAAGACUGAUCCAGAAAACGAGCGUCGCUACCGUAACGACAAGGGGGCCUGCGUCUGUGGGGUGAAUUACAAGGGAGACAAUUGUGAUCAGAUCACAUCCUGUGAGCAUGGGGGGAAUUUCACAGGCAGCAGCUGUGACUGUCCAUUGGAAUGGUAUGGAGAGAUUUGUGAGAGGAAGAAGGUCUGCACAACUGAUAAGACUACUGGAGAGAAAGUGUGCAAAGGCUCGACAGUCACCCAGAUUGGUCUUCUUGCCCUCUUCGUCGCCCUCAUCGCUCGAUGG